UGCCCUCGAUCACCCACCACUCCACUCCACUCCACUCCAAGGACCACCCAGAGAUAUACCAAGCCUGACUGAUAUACCUAGCAUGUCCAAGGAACCCUCAAAAUCCUGCGUCGUCAGGCUAACUAACUAUCCUGCUAUCCGGAACGCCCCAUUGAUUGUUGAGGGAAAUGGCAGAUUCUCGAAUAAGGAAAUGAUCGCCGCGGUAAUUUUCGUGCCUUACCUGGCAGGAAAAUUUUUGAUCCCAGGGAUCACGAUCAGGUUUUUAUCCUAUGGACAUAUCUUCUUAGCCAUCAUCUUGGCCCCGGCGGUCAUCAUAAGCUAUUGGGCGUUGAAUUCGAUCUAUGCCAGCCAAGUGACGAACCAAGUCGCGUUGCCUAACAACAAGCAAUCCAGCUACUUCAUCUUCAAGGAUCCCAAACUUUCUCAAGCUUACAACCCUGAUAACCCUGGCAGUAAACGGAUUCCUAUGCAGAUUUGGCACGAUGCCUUUUUCGAGGGCAAGAUCGAAAUCAAACGUGACAUGAUGGAACUGCUCGAAUAUAGACACGACUGGGCCGCGUUCCACAUGACACCCGAACUGUUCAAAUAUGUGGUGACUAGAUUGAUACCUGAGGUGAUAUUACACACCACGUCUCAAGAUGAAGAGCAAGUACGAGGCCAUUACGAUCGAGGAGACGAUUUCUAUUCCUGGUUCCUUGGACCACGUAUGAUCUAUACCUCGGGGAUCAUAUCCGAUCCCGACAGGGAAGAAACCUUAGAAGAAUUACAAGAUAACAAAUUGAAACUAGUCUGUCAAAAGCUCGACCUUCAACCGGAGGACAACCUUUUAGAUAUCGGAUGUGGAUGGGGAACUUUGGCCGCCUUUGCAGCCAAGAACUACGGCUGCAAAGCCACCGGUGUCACCCUAGGAAAAAAUCAAACCAAGUUCGGUAACGAUCGACUCGCCGCCAAUGGAAUUCCAUCAACCCAGGCCAAGAUCGUCUGUCAUGAUGCACGAGAGAUCCCCGCGGAGCCUAAAGGAAGAUACACCAAGAUCUCCUGUCUCGAGAUGGCCGAGCAUGUCGGGAUCAGACGAUACCCGGACUUCUUAAAACAGGUCUAUGACUUACUCGCUGACGACGGAACGAUGGUCUUCCAAGUUGCUGGGAUCCGACCCAAUUGGCAAUACGAAGACCUGAUCUGGGGUCUCUUCAUGAACAAAUACAUCUUCCCUGGCGCCGAUGCUUCAUUAUCCUUGGGAUGGGUGAUCACUAAACUCGAGCAAGCCGGCUUCGAAGUCAAAUCCGUCGACGUUCUCGGCGUCCAUUACUCGGCUACCCUCUACCGUUGGUACAAAAAUUGGAAGUCUAACGAAGCCAAAGUCAAAGCCAAAUACGGCGAUAAAUGGUACAGGAUCUGGGAGUUUUUCUUGGCUUAUUCGGUCAUUACUUCUCGACAAGGAAGUGUCUCGUUAUUCCAGAUUACCGUCCACAAGAACUUGAACACAUUCCACCGAGUCGAAGGAGUCAAGACGCACACUUCGUUGGACACGCUCAAAGAGCCAUCAAUCGUUCAACGACGUUCGUUCGAAGAAGUCAUCUGUCAACCAGUCCCCGGAAGUUAAGAGCCUGUCAUAAAUGCAGACAAUUUGGAUAUGCCUCUAAGAUGACACUUAGCUACCAUGACUGCCACAUAGCCUCUCUGUCCUGACACCCCUGUUUCUCAAGAUCUUUCUCUUGUUUCCUUCUUGCAAUCAAUGGAUGGAUCUUUCCUAUCUAUUCCCGACAUUCACUUAUCGAAUCCGGCUAACCAGGUUACGUCCAUUAUAUGGGAUAUGAACCUGUAGCUAUUUUCAAACUUAGAAGAUAACGUGACCACUGUUGAUCACCGGUUUUGCAAUCGUCAACAGAUGUCAAACUCUCCUGACUUUGGAGAUGUCAAUUAUUUCAGAUUUCUGAUGGAAGAUCAAUAGAUGAGCUGAUACUCUCCUUCAUGCAAAAAAAAGAAGGGAUGCACUUUUCAGUCCCAGAUCUAGCACUUGCUUACCUUACUUGGGGGUAUCAUCUUUAUGCUCCAUACGCUGUCUAGACAAGAACUUUAGAAAGAUGUCCCCAUGCAUGGGACUCAUUAAUUAAAUUCUUGAGAAUGAAGAACAGAUGAAUGUAUUAAUGGUCAAUACCAUGUCACCAUAUCAACCCCACAACAUGGUGAAGGAAAAUUUCUUGUUCACAUCAUCUUUGUCUCGGCACAUCCCUUCAUUGAUUUUUUACUUGGAAGAUAGAGAACCAACUGUUUAUAGCCACAAAGCCACA